AUGCAGUGUGCCGCCGUGUUGUUCCAGAAGGAGGAUGUAUGGCUGCUGUCCAUGGAUCAUGAGGAGGGCCUUCCCUAUGUCGGCACACUCACCAGAGAGUACUGCAGAGACAUGAAGGGUGAAGAUUAUGGACCUAUCAUUCUGUCCCAUGGCGAGCUCCCCAAUUUGAUUUUAGACCAUGAACAUGAUAAGAUACAAGAUCCAAUGUUCACCAUCUUCAUGGAAGACGAGGAGCGAGAUGUGCCUGUGAAGAUAAGGAACGCUCACUGCCCUGCGAAAGUUGCAGAAGGCAACCCAUGCCUGGAGUACAUCAAACAUAUUGUGCUUCCAUGGUUUGGAUGCUUUCAGGUGCCCAGCGAGGAAGAGAACAGUGGUGGCACUAGCAGGACAUUUAGGAAGAUGGAGGAGCUUAUCGCCGAUUAUGAGAGUGGUGUGCUGCAUCCCACCAAGGUGAAGCUGGCCCUUACAAAGGCGCUGAACAACAUUAUGGAGACUGUACGUGGCCACUUCGCCGACAGCAGUGAAGCCAGAGACCUGAAGCUAUGCAGGUGUACUACAUUCAUCAACGACCACUAUAUGCAUAACGUUGUAGUCUUCAAGGAACAUGUCUCGUUUAACUAUGCCUUUAAUUAG